AUGAUCCAUUUGAAAAGCCAGCCGAGAAAUUGUAAAUUGGCAAUUGCUCUACUUUUUGCGCUUAUUCUAUGUAGUAUUUACCUAUUUAAUAAUAAUCAAAUUGUCGACGGGCAAAAACCCGUGACAUUAAUAAAGGUAAAUGUCCUUUUAAAUGCUUUUACAUCUUUAUUUCAGGUUUUAUCGUCCAAUCUUACUGCCACUCACUUCUAUUAUUUUUAUAAUUACACGGACACCACCCCUGUAUUUUACAUUUCGCCUCCAUCAGAUCUACACAGAACAGCUCCCGAUAUUGUUAUCGCCAUUCCCACUGUUCCAAGGAAUAAUGUAAGACACGGACAGCGCAUUUGUUAUUCUUUUACAUACAGCAAUCUUACAUCAUCAAGACCGUCGAAAACCUUCUUGCCCAAUUAUAUGACGAGGAGAAGCACCGAAUUGUCAUCGUGAUCUCAUGUAAUUAUGACGUAAACCAAGAGAAUUCGGAAUAUUGUGUUCAACUGGCAUCAACCUUAUCAGCGAGCUUUGAUUGGGCCUGCAAACAAGGACUGAUCGAGUUGAUUUCUUACCCUGAAUAUUGGACUCCCAAAGAAUUCCCCCAAGAUCCACUAAAUCCCUUUAACAUCACCGAUCCCCCAGAUCGCUUCUAUUGGAGAACAAAACAACACACUGACUUUAUUUAUCUGAUGUCAUACUGCUUGCACGUUCACCCAGCAAGCAGUUUUUAUAUUCAACUUGAAGAUGAUGUCUUAACAAGAAAAGGUACGUCCCGAAGUGAUGAGUGGAAAGUUCGAUUUUAAUAAAUGCUGAAUCACAUUUUAAUCCAAUUACUAAUUUCUUUAAGGAUAUGUGAGCGAGAUCCAACGGUUUAUCCAGAAGGUGCAAAGCAAACCCUGGCUGACUCUAGAAUUCUCUAACCUUGGAUUUAUUGGAAAGUUAUUCAGAAUGCAGAGCCUCCAACAGUUUGUCAUUCACGACCUCCCACUCUACAAUUUGAUUCCCAUCGAUUGGUCAUUCGAUGAGUUUCAUUUCCGGAGCUUUUGUAAACAUUUGCCUCGCAAACCGUGUGUGCGGAAAGUGUACAGGGAACAUAGAAUUUCCCAUCGUCCUCCUCUCUUCCAACACGUCGGCCUCUACUCAUCACUGGCAGGGAAACAGCAGAAUCUCAAGGAAAAACGCUUUAGCGACACUCCUUUGCCGCUUUUGAUCGAAGGAAACAAAAUUCAACUGGCCAAUGCAAUUUGCACUGAUAACAGCGUGACAAAAGAUAUGAUUUAUGACAUGUAUUACAAAGAAAAGCCUUUGGAAAUCGUCAAUCCCUUGCCGAAACUGAAGUUGACACUUUACUUUAACGAAUCUGCAUCAAUCAGCGGUAAGAACGAAUCUGUAUCAAAUCAGCGGUAAGAAAAAAAGAGUUGCCGUUAAAAUGAUGACCAUUCUACUCGGUUACCUUGUUUUAGCAAUUGCAUUCCGCUACCAUUUUGAAUCGUCAUCGGCUUCGGAUCCGCUCGGGGUUUUUAUCAAUUCCGAUGUUCAACUAUCACCACCCUUCGAUGACUUAAAAAAUGUGCAAAUUAACGAGCUGACAAUCCGUGUGCACAGAGAGAUCGCUACUCUUGUUAUAAGCCGUCUGACAUUGAGGCGUCCCUGA